AUGUGUACGUUUCAGAAGUCGAGAAAAGCUGCCAAAGCUGCCUUCUACCGCAGUCGCCGACAGCUUCAGCAACGACUGUGCGAGAUGCAGGACGCCUGGACUGCUCGCAAAGCUGAGGAGAUCCAAGGGUACGCGGACCGCAACGAAUGGAAGAACUUCUUCUCUGCGAUCAAAUCUGUCUACGGUCCGCCGACGAAGGGCACUGCUCCUCUCCUCAGCGCCGACGGCAGCACUCUUCUGACUGAGAAGACGCAAAUCCUACAGCGAUGUGCCAAGCACUUCCGAGGCGUCCUCAACCGCCCUUCCGUCAUCUCCGACGCCGCCAUCGCCCGCAUGCCGCAAGUGGAGACCAACGUGGACCUCGACCUCCCGCCAUCUCUCCAGGAGACCAUCAGGGCCGUGCAGCAACUCUCCAGCGGGAAAGCACCCGGAUCGGACGCCAUCCCUGCUGAGGUCUACAAGCACGGAGCUCCCCUACUGAUGGAUCACCUGACUGCGCUCUUCCAGGAGAUGUGGCGUCAAGGUGAAGUCCCGCAAGAUUUCAAGGACGCAACUAUCGUGCGCCUAUACAAGCGAAAAGGGAAUCGCCAAGUCUGCGACAAUCACCGCGGCAUCUCCCUAUUGAACAUCGCCGGGAAGAUCUUCGCUCGCAUCCUGCUCAACCGCCUCAACAACCAUCUGGAACGGGGCCUUCUGCCGGAAAGCCAAUGCGGCUUCCGUCGUCAUCGUGGGACCACGGAUAUAAUCUUCGCAGCCCGCCAACUUCAGGAGAAGUGUCAGGAGAUGCGGACCCACCUGUACUCUACCUUCGUGGACCUGACGAAAGCCUUCGACACGGUGAAUCGUGCAGGACUGUGGAAGAUCAUGCAGAAAUUCGGUUGUCCGGAGCGAUUCACUCAGAUGGUGCGUCAGCUGCACGACGGUAUGAUGGCGCGAGUCACGGACAACGGAGCUGUCUCAGAGGCAUUCGCAGUGACCAACGGAGUGAAGCAGGGCUGUGUGCUGGCGCCUACCCUCUUCAGUCUCAUGUUCUCUGCCAUGCUGAUGGACGCCUACCGCGACGAACGCCCUGGAAUCCGCAUCGCCUAUAGAACGGACGGUCAUCUCCUGAAUCACCGGCGCAUGAACUUCCAAUCGCGUGUAUCCACAGCCACCGUGCACGAACUCCUCUUCGCCGACGACUGCGCCCUGAACACCACCUCGGAAGAGGAGAUGCAACGGAGCAUGGACCUAUUCUCCGCCGCCUGCGAGAACUUUGGGCUGGUUAUCAACACGCAGAAGACGGUGGUGAUGCAUCAGCCGCCUCCCAACUCAGCCACAGACCCCAACGCGCCGCUAAUCAACGUGAAUGGGACUCAACUGCAAGUCGUAGAGAACUUCCCGUACCUGGGCAGUACCCUCUCCCGCAACACCAAGAUCGACGACGAAGUCGCCAACAGGAUCUCGAAAGCCAGUCAAGCCUUCGGUCGCCUCCAAAGCACAGUUUGGAAUCGUCAUGGUCUCCAACUGAGCACAAAGCUGAAGAUGUACAAGGCCGUCAUCCUGCCGACGCUACUGUACGGAGCGGAGACCUGGACGGUGUACACGAGGCAGGCACGUCGACUAAACCACUUCCACCUCAGCUGUCUCCGCCGCAUCCUGAGGCUGAACUGGCAGGACCGUAUCCCCGACACCGAAGUGCUGGAACGGACGGGAAUUCUGAACAUCUACUCCAUGUUGAGACAAAUACAGCUGCGCUGGAGCGGCCAUCUGGUGCGCAUGGACGAUGAGCGACUACCCAAACGACUCUUCUACGGAGACGUCGCGACGGGUUCUCGUCGUCAAGGAGGCCAAAUUCGCCGUUACAAGGAUACCGUAAAGUCCUCCCUGAAGCUCCUACUAAUCAACCCGACCAACUGGGAAGAGCUCGCCCGCGAUCGUCCGACAUGGAGGAGAACAGUGAAGAUGGGCGCUGCUAUCUACGAAGCCAACCGCAUCGCCGCCGCCAAAGUGAAACGCGAAGCCCGCAAAUCACAACUUCGCCCAAUACGCAACGCCGCCGCACAACCUCUCCCUACAUGUCCUCGAUGUCAACGGACAUUCCGGGCACGAAUCGGACUUGUUGGACAUCUUCGAACCAACUGCACCUCUCGAACUGCUCCAGCCAUCGUCCCUCAGCCCGCUGUUUCCUCGUCCUGUUUGCCGCCAACUAACUCUGACACUCCUUCUGCACCACCACUUCCAUCCUCCUCCUUCUCCUUCACCGCCCCAGCGGAGGUCGUUCAGGCUGCCGUCUCACACAUCUCCAACCACGACACAACAACCACAACCACCCCCACCUCUCCCGAUUCCAGUGAUGAGGAUCAGGACUACACCUGCCCUCACUGCGACCGCACCUUCACCUCACGCAUCGGCCUGGUCGGUCACUUGCGAAUCCAUCGCACAGAGACUGGCGAACCAGUGCCUGGAGCACCAACCUACACCCACCGCACUCGCCUCCACUGCCCACACUGGCCUCGCACCUUCACUCAUCGCAUGGGUCUAUUCGGCCACAUGCGCAUCCACGAGAACGGAAUUGACCGCAGCCUUGACACACCCACCCCGCCGAGCCCCACUCCCAAUCCACCACCUUGUGCAUCCACUAACCACUCCCCAGCCGAAAUCGACGCCACCGACCUUACCACCCCUCACUCCUCCCCUUCCUCCUCCUCUUUCUCCAUCACUGCCUCAUCGACGGCCGCUUCGGCGUCUGUCGCCCACGACCUCACCACAGCCACACCUGACACAACAACAGGCACAACCCCUGCAACCUCCAUCAUCAGACGUGAGGGCCAGGACUACAUCUGCCCUCACUGCGAUCGCACCUUCAUUUCACGCAUCGGCCUGGUCGGUCACUUGCGAAUCCAUCGCACAGAGACUGGCGAACCAGUGCCUGGAGCACCAACCUACACCCACCGCACUCGCCUUCACUGCCCACACUGCCCUCGCACCUUCACGCAUCGCAUGGGUCUAUUCGGCCACAUGCGCAUCCACGACGACCUGCGGUAG